CCUGAAAUAAACAAAACAAAUGACAGCUGACCAGCGGAUGAGGCCGCUGCUGCAUGUCAGUCGGCUGGACGUGUUGCAAUUAUGUUAAUGAUUUGAGCAACAACACUAUGAAGUUAUAAGACGCUGAUGAAUACAUUACUGAGGAGGAAGACGAGCUAAUAGCUACGCGUUAGCCUAGCUUAGCCUUGGAAGAGCGCCGCCAGCUUGUAAGCUAAUUAAGUUUAAUCAGCGUCGGUCUUAAAAUGUAUCCUCUUGAUAUUAUGUCUACAUUAUUAAGUAGACUUGUUGUCCGUUGCUUUGAUAUUUUCCCCAGAGGCCAUAUAAGAGGAGAUUUCCUUAUAACCAGUGACAGUGUUUAUCUAGACAACACAGACAGCCUCUAGCUUCUUAUCACUAGCUGCUGCUCAAGAGCUGUUGUUUGUUUAUGUGUUUGUAUCAUAAGUAUAUACUUAUGAGGACUGUUCGUUUCCAAUCGAUCAGCUUCACCGAUGUGAACUCAGAGGUGGGAAAGUCUGAGGUAAACAGACAGUAAAGAUGGAGGCUGUAAGACCUAAGAAGACCAAAACAAAAACCAGCGGAAAAACUCAGCUGGUCAGAAAGCAGAAGCAGGCAGCAGAAGACAAAAGAGCUACAGCUCCCUCAGUUGUCUAUGAUGAGGCAUCCACCUCUGACUUUACCGACAUCCCUCUCAGCCUGCCGUAUCAAGAACCAGAAGAAGUACAGCAGGACUCUGUUCAACCCCCUGAGAUCACAGGACAGCCAUUGGAUCUGCUCCCUGAGAAGCAGAAUACCUCUUCAUCACAGACUUUAUCCACUUCUGCAUCAACCAAGAAUUUACAGUCAACUGUGACACCACAAGUCACAGAGGAUUUGACAGAAUCGGAAAAGCGGGAUGAAACAGAUGGGGUGGUGAAAGUUCAGGGGACUGAGCUGAAAGGUGUACCACAGAGCACUGAGCUAGAAGGAGAUCAGCAAUCAUGGAAUCAACCAUGCGUUUCUACACAGUUUGAGAUCCCAAAUGUCCCCAGUGCUCCUGCACUGUACCCCUCUCUCCAGACACUGGAGGAAGGCGCCAUGAUACAGUUCAGUGACGAAACUGUGAAAAAUUGUGGAAAGGGACCUGCUGUGUUGGCACUCGCUGAGCAGGAGUCCUCUCCUAUGAGUUUGCAACCUCUGGAGUCUGUAGCUGAUCUUUCCAGGAGCAAACUCUACCCAGAAUUACCCAAGACGGUGCCAGAGCUUCAGCCAUUCUCACAGGAGCAGCUGAGUGUCUGGGAGCCAGCUGGAGGGUUACGUUCCUGGCUAGAGGGUGUUGAAGUGUGUACAACCCAGUUCUGUGCUUUGGCCCGGCAGGAGAACCAUGAACUGACUGAACUGCUGCAGAACUAUUGGCGCUGUCGUAGACAGCUGACCCAGUCUCACACACAGCUACACACACAGUCCUCUGACUGUAAAAGUACACAGAAUCGUCUCUGGAGCUUCAGGGAUGAACAGCUAACACUUCAGGGUGUGUGUGCAGACCAGUCUAAGGUGUGCGGGUACCACCGCUUCCAGCAGGCAGACUUUAGUGAGAGUGUGCUGGCUGAACUUAGGAGACUCUUUGAAGCUCGGAGUGAGCUGCUUCAUCAAAAGGUGGCACUGCACGCGUACACUGCUCUGCUGUCACGCCUUCAGGUGGAAUCAUACUUGUAUCGCCUAUUAAAAGAUUGUCCUGGCAGCCAAACACAGCCUUGUUCUCUCCAACCCCUGAAAGAGGCCAUCAGUGUCCUCUUUAGCUUCACACGAAGAGUCCUUGAUGAUACACAGUUCCAGACAGACAUCCACCACUGGCUAGAAAGAUUGGUGGCAGUCCUGCUGCAUGUUGGAGGAUCUGGAGAGCACCUGUACCUGCUGUGCCAUCUGCUGUGUUGUCCUGCUGGGGUGGGCAAAUGGGCUGCACCUUUCCUUCAGAUCCAAGUUUUGGGGAACACCUUUGGAGUGCAACACUUUAUGCAAGCUCUGGCAAUCAUAAUGUCACCUGCUCGACAUCGUGCAGAGUUUCUGGGCCAUAUGAAGCCAUGUGAGAGCCAGAGCUCAGCAGCUUCCGGACCUGAGUCAGGCAACUGGACCCUUGUGGAUGAAGGAGGAGAAGAAGAUGAGGACCCGGAGAGCAGCUGGGUGCUGCUGUGUGAGGAGGACCUGAUCUCCCUUCUGACCCAGUUCCCCUUCCAGCAGCUCUAUUCACACUUGCUAGGGAUGAGCAAGCAGGGUGUGUAUGAGCCUCAGGCCUCCAGUCAGAAGAUGAUGCGUGUGUUUGCUUUUGCUUCCUCGCUCAUUGAAAUUCUCGCUCUUGGCCUACAAACCUACAACAGGGCACGAUACAGACAGCUGGUCAAACGCAUAGGACAAAUCAUACGAAUGACAUUGUGUUACGUCAGUGAUCACUGGGCCCAGUAUGUGAGUGUGACUGGUGCUGGUGAAUCCAGUUCUCAUGCACACUCUCUGUCUUUGGACAAGCUGCAGCUGGAAUAUGAUCAUCUCUUCCUCAGAGCUGUCUUACAUGUACUCAGAAACAAGAGGCUGGGCAUUUGGUUGUUCAUGUCCGAGAUGCCAUAUGGGACUCUGUCCAGCUCUAUGCUGUGGAGGGUCCUUUAUGUUAUGCAGUGUGCCGGGACAGCAGGACCAGAAACACUCGGCUCUGCCAAUGACACACGCUCUUGCAUUCAUGCUCUCAGAGACCAAGAGCACCAGGAGAGGUUUGAGCAUUGGUUAGGUGAGGUGAACAGCUCUGACGGCAUCUCCCUUCUCACCGCACUAGCACAGAUGGCCACACCAACUCAGCACUCCGACCCUGCCUUCAUCACAACCAUAACUCUGCUGAUUUACCAGGUGUCUUAUGUGAGUAUGUCAACCAGAGAAACCUACUCCAAGGUGGGGAGAGAGUUGCUGGCUACCAUUGCAACAGCCCAUCCUUAUAUUGUCUCUGUGCUCCUGGAGAGACUGAGAGAGACCAUACAAACUGUUGGCAUGAUGGCACUCUAUUUGUGUAAAGAGCUGCCUCUGAGUCUGUGGCGGCCACAGCCAGAGGAGAUAUGUGUGAUCGGAGCGUGGUUGCUCCAGCAUCCUCUGUCUGCGGUGGAGAAUCGGCUGGCCUGUGUUAUACUGGAGGGUCUGAACUGGGGUUAUUCACUGGAUGGAUCGUUGGCCCUGUCUUCAUCUUUGCACAGUGAGGUGGCUCUGCUGGUGGCUGAAGCCUAUCAAAAAUAUCUCACUGACAAACCAUACAGUGGCCUCAUAUCAGAGGGAAUCAAACAGGUGUCUUACCUUGCCAGUGUCCUUCGUUUGGGUGUGUCUCCAGAAGCAUCUUUUAGUCAAUGGGCGUGGCAACUGUUGCUAAGGCUGAAGCUCCAUGGUAAUGCCCAGAACCCAAAAGGUUCCUGGUCAGUGCCUGCUAUGGCAUCCAACCCACCUCCGGAGCUCACACACGCUCCGAGCAUGCACUCUGUUCUCAGGGCUGUAAAAGCAGGCAUCCCUAUUGGAUGCUACCUGUCCAUUGCUAUGACAACAGUGGGACAUAGCCUGGAGCACUUUUGUACUGAUGGAGUUGACUUACUAAAGAGUCUUAUUCAGUCUCGCCACCUGAGGGCUGCUGUGCACCUUCUGGACAACAUCCUACCCCCAAGCUAUCCCCUCAGCUUCUACCUGCUCAAAAACGCUCAGUUUGUAAGUUGUAUCCAGUUAUUCCUGCAGCACGAUAGUGUGUGUCCUCAAGGUGUGACACAGCAGGUCACUCACCGGGUAGCACCGCUCCUCACGGGAACCACCUAUGGAGACAAUGUCCGACUGCUGAACAGUGUCAUUCAGAGCCAUGUUUUAGAGAGCUCAAAGCCCAGUCGUGUCGGAGCUGCAGCAGUGCUGGAAUUUUGGGUGGGAAUUCUGACUCAGCAGAACUUGUGGUACCGGGACAAAACAGUCCUGUUCCUCAUGGAUCAAAUCUGUUGCGCUGCAUUCAUGCAUCACCAGGAGGAAUGUGUGCAGAAACUCCUCUACCAACAGCAUAAGAACGCGUUGGGUUACCAUGGAGAUCGAGGUCUGCUCUCUUCUCUGGUUGGCUGGAUUGCUGGAAAUGCCACACCCUCCUUUAUAGAGGGCCAAUCACUGAGUGCAGAGGUUUGGUUUGCAUGGCUGGUGCUGAAUAUGGAGGGCAUGUUUGAGGAAGACUCUCAGCUUAGACGAUGUGUUGAGCAUGAGCUCCUGUCAGAGCCCAACAAUUCCCCAGAACAAGCCUUAAAGAAGGCGCAACAGAGGCUGAAGUUGCCAGUAGCCCCAUCUCUGCAGCGGCUGCAGGUGUACCGCUGGGCAUGCCAGGCCUUAGCCACGCCCCCUGACCACCCUCUCCUUCCUCUGAUCUGGCAGAAGUUCUUACAGCUCUACCUCAGACAGCCUGGGCCUGAAUAUGGGUUGGCUGCAGGUGGAUGUAUUGGCCGAAGGUUCUUCCAGGCUUCUGCUCAAGCCACUUUACUCAGAGACUUGAGACAGAGAAUACAGGAGGUGUCUGACUUCCACCAUGCUGCCAGCCAGGCCCUCAGAGUGCCCCCGCCAAACACAUCUUCACCAGACAGCCAAGGCGACGAAAGCCCCAACAGUCCCAAGCCACCUUACCUCACCUCUCCUCAGCUACACACAGAGCUUGUCAGGUUGUUUGGUGUGUUUGCUGUGUGGUUGGAUGAUGAAACUCUUCAGAAGCAGGAAGUGUACCUUCCCUCUCUUACUCCAGAGUAUGAGCCACACAGACUGGCACAAGUCAUGCAGAGGCAGAAGGAGCUUUGGCUUGAGUUUGUGGACCAGGAGCGUCUGCGAUUUGAUGAAAGGGAGGUUUUGUCUCUGUGGGAGAAGGUGCAGAGUGAGCCAAACUUCCUUCAGGCCCAAAACCCCGACUUCAAUGACUACACCAGCCUCAGCAAUGCGAGGGAACGUAUCCUUUCCAACCUACAGAAGCAUCCAGUUCCUCGAUCAGCUCCAGAUCUGCAGCACCAGAAAGUUCCAGUAGCUGAGAUCCCCUCUGUCUGUCUCACCGACUCUAAAGCUGCUGCUGAACUGCUGCAGCAGGACCUCAGCAUCCUGCAGGACCAGGCCAGGAUUGCAGUGGCACGCGAAGCCCAGCAGGUGGCGAUGGAGCAGGAGUUGCUGGAAGGUCUUCCUCUACUGUAUAAGAACCGACCUGAGCAAGUCAGCAUGGCCCUGGAGUGUAAAGGGAAGGGAGGGCAGCCAUGCCAGGGACCUGCAAACAUCACUGUCACAUGUGAGUGUGUCCAGAGACAGGAGGCAGUCCAGACUCAGAUAACGUCACUGUGCAGGGACCUCAAGAAGCUUCAAACCGAUGCCAUGGCUCCUCCUCCUCAAAGCCUAGCCCAGGCUGCUGUCCACACCGAGAACUUCAUCACGGCUCUGGUGAAUAUGUACAAGGCACAGAAAUCCCCAGCAGUGCAGCAUGUUGGCGUGUCUGUCUUCUAUCAGGUGGUGUCCUUUGUGUGUGAGGACACAUUGCGACAUCCGCCAACUCGCCAGUACCUCUCCUCAUGUGUGGAGAUACUGGGACAGGUGUUUAUCCAGGGCAAUGCAGAAGAGUGUGGGCGCGUCCUGAAGGCCAUCCUGGAACAGAGGCGACUUUGCCCUCUCAUCUCCCCCUUCUUCACUCCCAACGCAGCACCCAAUCAGCUCGUCUUCCUCUACCAAGACGUGGUGACUUCCCUUCACCUAGACAGUGCUGAUGUCAUUUUCAUGCUACUUACCAAGUUUGAUUUGUGCCAGUGGCUGAUUGAAGCCCAUCCUGUGUUUUCUGAGAGAACCCGUUUGCUGGAGUUGGUCCAUGGAGCUCUCUGUGUCUGCGGCCGAGACCCAGAACCUGAACUUCUAACACCUUUUCACCUUUUCACCAAACACUGGACCUGGCUUUUACGCCACCAUUUCCCCGACCACUACAGUGACUGCCUGCGUCUGCUUAUGACCAGCUCCUCAAACCAAUUACUGAGCCCAGAGUGUUGGAAGGUGACUCUACGAGUGCUCGGCUGUUUACCUCCAACCCGCAGCAGCAGGAGCAAAAGUGAACAAAUACUCAGCACCAGUGAUGUCUCCAGCCGUAAAGCCGGACCUCCAGCCUCUCCAUACAGAUCUCCAAUCAGCCUCUCUCCUCAGCAGGUGGAUGAGACAGUCGACUGGCUGAGUGACUACUUCCUGCGGAAUCGUCUCAGUAAGGCAGAUCUCCGCAGCUUUGGCCUCUACUCUGCUUGGACUCCUUACAUCACUGAGGUUUUCUCCUUCUGGGAGCAUUUGGUUGGUUGCCUGAUCAAUGUGUCACUCAGCAGCUGUGCCCGAGAGUCAGUGGGCAGCAGUAAAACAAUGAAAGCUCUUCAGGACUUACACACUAAGAUUGUGAAGUUGUUCAAGCCUUGGAUCUUUCCCCUGGACACUGAUGAUGGCGGCAACGUCAAAUGUUACCCGUGGCUGGAGACCGAUGCGACUGCAGCAGGAUCUCUGGUUAGCCUGUAUGCUCAAGUCACUGACACACUGCACCACAAAUUCAGAGAUCGCCUGAUCCCAGGUCAGAGAUGUGCUCUGUGGUUGUGUAUGAUGCAGUACUGUGAGAGCUGCACCUCUCCCCGCACACCUGAAUACCUGCUCUACCUCUACCACACACACCUCCGCAGUCUGCCAUGGAGACACCUGUACCCUGACACUCAGCUCAUGGAGCAGCUCUUCAAUGUGGAGAGAGGAAGUCCCAAGAGCUGCUUCCUGUUUAUGGGAGAGGUGUUAUGUGAAGUAAACUGGGUCAGCGUCCUAAGUGACCACUUACAGACACCUCCCACAUCUACAGUAUAUCCAGCUCUACCUGACAUGGCUAUUCAGAAGGAAUCACAUACCAUGUUGGUCUAUCUGCUAUACAUGCUUGUUUUUCUGGCAAAAGAAGAGCAGCUCCUGAGUCAACAGGACUCCCCUCUGCUUAGUCUUUUGGUCCAGUCCACCUCUCUGCCCUGGCACCAGCUGGACCUGUCUUCAUACCAGGGCAUUCUGGGAUAUGUUGGCACUCACUACCCUCCGUCCUUGCUGCUUAGUGCAGAUUCUGCGCCCCAGCUGCUGCUGAAAUCACUGCGUAGUGCUGCUGGGCUCCACCCCCGCCCUAAUGACACUCCCCACAGGGAGGAGACGCUGAAGGCGGCAGUGUACGUGUGCUGGUGUGUGCAGUCUUUGGUGACUCUGGAGCAAGGAGGUAGCAUCAACCUCAACACCCUGGAAGCCCAGCUGGAGACACUGCUGGAGAGCAUCGUCACAUUCAACCCACCAGAGACAGGUUUGGAGCAAAGGCACAUGGCGUUCUGCAGUCUGUUCAGCGAUGCACUGGCUUUGCUCAAUGGAGUUGGCGUCUCAACGGGCGAGGCCCUUGCCGCUCAUGUUAUUAAAUGGCUGGACAGGAAGGGGAGGGGCUUUCCUAUCCUGCCUCUUCUCACAGCCUGUUCCCGCUGUCUUGCGUCAGUGCGUCACAUGACACGCAUCAUGGAGGCAUGCAUCACAGCCUACUUCAAUCAUGCUGAGGAGGAGUCAGUAGGUUGGGGUCCUGUGUUGGCAUCACUGCAGGUGCCGGAGCUCACCGCAGAUGACUUCCUCUCUGAGAGCCAAUCGGGAGGAAGCUUCCUGACGCUUUAUGCCUUCAUCCUUCAGCGCCUUAACACUGAAUACACAGCAGCCAAUGAGAGAAGGACGCUGGCUCUCAUUAACACAUGGACCAAUCAAGUCUUCCCCAGUGGUCCUGGUGAUGAAGCAAAGCUGUUUCUUUGGUGGCACAAGGCAAUGAAUCUGUCAGCGGAGCAGCUACAGCCACAGGCGGGCCUCAGUGAAGUGUCUGGGGUCGUCAUGGGUCUGUUGAGGUUGCAAACAAGACUGUCUCAGCUGGGAGAAGAAAGACUCAACUCUGGAUUACUAGGUGCUAUAGGUCUUGGAAAGAGGUCCCCUGUUUCUAAUAGGUUUAGGGUGGUGGUACGCAGUCUGGCUGCAUUCCUUUCAAUCCAGGUACCAUCUGAAACUGAACUCCGACUUCAACCCACCAGUGACUUACAGCUCUCUGCAAAAGCACAGCAAACAUUGGGGAUGUUGGAGGCCAUGCCCAGCAAUAAGCAGUACGCUGACUUAGAAGACUCUGUGAAUAAAGCCGUUCAGUUCAUCCGCUACCCAGGACACUGUCUCAAAGAUGGACCCCGACUACUCGCCCUGCUAGCUAAUCUCCUGUACCCUGACCUCAGAUACCUGCACAUCAUCCGUUAACCUUGACUUGACGUGACACGCCAAUGCUGGAGAUUUACAGGACGUUAUUCUUCUUUGGCAAAUACAGUGACAGUAAAACUCUCUUUUGCACAGAGAAAUUCUUGUUUGAGCACAAAGUUUCCAAGUAGUACUGAACUAACUUUGCUAAUAUAUCAGUGAGAGCUUUGUGUGAGUGAAAAUGACUGUUCAUCAGAUCUCGCUGUGCAAUUGUGAAAAAUACUUUUCUGACUUAUGAUGAAGGAUACAACCAGUCAGAAGUAAUGAGAAAUGUAAUUUGCUAAACUUUUCUUGCACUUUGUUUUCUUCACUUAUGUCUAUGCCUUGUUGCUUUUUAUAUAACCUGCCUGUCAGUUUUCAAUCACAUCUAUUUUAAUCUUGAUUUGAGAGGAUCUUGCACAUAUUUAUUGAAGCAGAAUUCAUGAAUCAGAGUUCAAAACUGUGGUUUAGAUGUGACUUUCACACCUGUAUGUGGAAUCCGACAAAGAAGAAGUUGAAGGGUCCACAGAUUAUUUGGAGGAAGUUGAAAGACAGAUGUAAUAGGCCUAUAUGUUAGUAGUACCUUCUUAAAAUGGUGUGGAGGACACAUCACAAAAGCUGGUUGACAGUCUGGUAUUUCUGGUUUGCUGUUUUAAAACUUGAUACUAAAGUCUAGCUAAGAACCACAUGUUGAGGAAAUUUCUGGAUCCUAGGUACUAAGCACACAUUCAGAUAAAUGAAAUAAUCAUGUUUAGUUGCAGAACAUUUGCCAGUAUUAUGUUCAUGUCCAGCCAAAAGUGCUUUUAUUGUUUUUGCCAAAGAUGUUAUUUUUUGUCUGCUCGGCUACUUAAAUCUUCUCGACAAUG